UUAGAUAGACCGCAAAGCGGUGAGGGCGAAGCCCGUGAGAACGCUUAUGUUUCAUUGACUUUCUCCAGUAACGAGAACUUUUAUGAGAUAAUAUUGAAGAGAGAUGAUUUUAAUAUGGGGUAA